AUGAUAGAAGACAAAGGACCAAGAGUGACAGACUACUUUGUCGUGGCAGGUCUCACUGAUACAUCUACUCUUUUGGAUCAAGAAAUAAAUCGUUUAGAUACUAAGUCAACUGGACCUAAAGCUCCAAUUACAGAUAUUGCAGUUAUUAUUAAAUCAGCCGGGGAAACAGUACCUGAAGGUUACACCUGUGUUGAAAACACUCCAUCAGCUCUCCAAGCAAACUUGAACUAUGGAAGUCUGAAAAGCCCAGAACUUUUCCUCUGUUAUAAGAGAGGGAGAGAUAAACCACCCCUUACAGAUAUUGGAGUUUUAUAUGAAGGGAAAGAACGGCUUAUUCCAGGAUGUGAAGUGAUCCAAGCCACGCCCUAUGGUCGCUGUGCCAAUGUCAACAAUAGUUCAACUACUUCACAAAGAAUCUUUAUCACUUAUCGAAGGGCUCCUCCAAUCCGACCCCAGAAUUCCUUGGCUGUAACUGAUAUCUGUGUGAUUGUAACCAGUAAAGGAGAAACCCCUCCUCAUACCUUCUGCAAAGUUGACAAAAACUUAAAUUGUGGAAUGUGGGGUUCCAGUGUGUUUCUUUGUUAUAAGAAGUCGGUGCCUGCUUCAAAUGCAAUAGCAUAUAAAGCUGGCUUAAUUUUUAGAUAUCCAGAAGAUGACUAUGAGUCAUUUCCACUCUCAGAAUCUGUACCUCUCUUCUGCCUUCCAAUGGGAGCCACUAUUGAAUGCUGGGAUACUCAAACCAAAUAUCCACUUCCAGUUUUUUCAACUUUUGUCCUGACAGGUUCUUCAGCUGAAAAGGUAUAUGGAGCUGCCAUCCAGUUUUAUGAACCUUACUCUCGGGAACUUCUAACAGAGAAACAGCUAAUGCAGCUGGGCCUCUUGACACCUGUGGAGAGAAAAAUGGUCUCCAAAUCCAUCAAUUCAAACAAAUGCAUUUGUUUACUCUCACACUGGCCUUUUUUUGAAGCUUUUAGAAAAUUUCUUAUGUUUAUCUACAAACUUUCUGUGUCUGGACCACAUCCUCUUCCCAUCGAAAAGCACAUUUCACAUUUUAUGCAAAAUAUCCCUUUUCCUUCACCACAAAGACCAAGAAUCCUUGUACAGCUGUCAGUCCACGAUGCACUAAUAUUAUCACAGCCAGUUUCUACACCUUUACCACUAAGUGGAGCAAACUUUAGCACCUUGCUAAUGAAUCUGGGUCCUGAGAAUUGUGCAACUCUGCUGCUCUUUGUUUUACUUGAGAGCAAGAUUCUGCUUCAUUCUCUUAGGCCAGCUGUGUUGACAGGGGUAGCUGAAGCCGUGGUAGCCAUGAUCUUUCCAUUUCAGUGGCAAUGCCCAUAUAUUCCCCUUUGUCCUCUUUCACUGGCUGCAGUGCUUAGUGCACCUUUACCAUUUAUAGUUGGAGUUGACUCAAGGUAUUUUGAUCUUCAUGACCCACCACAAGAUGUUGUUUGCAUUGACUUGGAUACGAACAUGUUAUAUAUAUCAGAUGAAAAGAAGAACACGAACUGGAAGCAGCUUCCCAAAAAGCCAUGCAAAAAUCUACUUAGCACCCUAAAGAAAUUGUAUCCCCAGCUAUCUUCAGUUCACCGAAAAACUCAAGAAGGUUCAGCAAUUGAGAUGACGCCAAUUGAAGCAGAUUUCUCCUGGCAAAAGAAGAUGACACAACUUGAGAUGGAAAUUCAGGAAGCAUUUUUGCGUUUUAUGGCAUCUAUUUUAAAAGGAUAUAGAACGUAUCUCAGACCAAUCACUGAGGCUCCCUCAAAUAAAGCCACAGCUGCUGAUUCAUUAUUUGAUCGACAGGGAUUUUUAAAAAGUCGAGAUCGUGCCUAUACAAAAUUCUAUACCCUUUUAUCUAAAACACAGAUUUUUAUUCGCUUCAUUGAAGAUUGCAGUUUUGUAAGUGAUAAAGAUACUGGAUUGGCAUUUUUUGAUGACUGCAUAGAAAAGUUGUUUCCUGAUAAAGUCACAGAGAAAACAGAUAAGGUUGAUUUUGAUUCAGCAGAAGAUACCAAAUUGAUAGAACUAGAUGAUUCACAGAAAAGUGAGCACACUGUUUUUAUAAUGCCACCAGAGCCACCUCCUGAUGAUGGAAAGGACUUGUCACCAAAGUACAGUUACAAAUACUUUCCAAGACUGGAUCUUAAGCUUUUUGACAGACCACAGGAGUUGAAACUUUGUUUUAGUAGACACCCUACUGGGAAUAGCAUUACAAACAGUCCAGCUCUCAUGGCUAAGAGAACUAAACAGGAGAUAAAAACAGCUCAUAAAUUGGCGAAGAGAUGUUAUACAAAUCCACCACAAUGGGCCAAGUGUCUCUUCAGUCAUUGUUACAGUUUAUGGUUUAUUUGUCUCCCAGCCUAUGUUAGAGUUUCUCAUCCUAAGGUCAGAGCACUUCAGCAGGCAUAUGAUGUACUUAUUAAGAUGAGGAAAACAGAUGUGGAUCCACUAGACGAGGUGUGCUAUCGAGUAGUAAUGCAGCUUUGUGGACUUUGGGGUCAUCCUGUGUUAGCAGUGAGAGUCUUAUUUGAAAUGAAAACAGCUAAGAUAAAGCCAAAUGCUAUUACUUAUGGUUAUUAUAAUAAGGUAGUUUUGGAGAGCCCAUGGCCUAGUAGUACUCGUAGUGGUAUCUUCUUAUGGACAAAGGUACGGAAUGUGGUACAUGGCUUGGCACAAUUUAGGCAGCCACUUAGAAAGACCAUGCAGAAGUCACAGGUCUCCUCAAUAUCAGCUCCUCAGAGUGCCACAGGUGGAAGUGAUGGGGACACAGUGAGCCAUGGUAGUGUGGAUAGUUCUAAUGAUGCUAACAAUGGGGAGCACACAGUCUUCGUCAGAGAUUUAAUCAGGCUUGAUUCCAUUGAUAAUCACUCUAGCACAGGUGGUCAGUCUGACCAAGGCUAUGGGUCUAAGGACGAACUUAUAAAGGAUGAUGCAGAAAUUCAUGUGUCUGAGAAACAAAUAGCAAGAGAAUUGAUAACUAAAACAAAAAUGCAAACAGAAGAGGUGUGUGAUGUCUCUGCUAUUGUGGCAAAACGUUCACAACCUAGUCUAGAGCCUCAGAGUCCUACUGAACCUCCUGCAUGGGGCAGCAGUAUUGUGAAAGUUCCAUCUGGUAUAUUUGAUAUCAACAGCAGAAAAAGUAGCUCUGGUAGUACAUCAAAUAUGCUAUUUCCUACUCAAGUUCCAAUUGAAGAUGCAGUCUUUGGUGAAGUUACUAGUCUUAAGAAGAAUGGUGAUAGAGGAGAAAAAAGACAAAAGCAUUUUCCAGAGAGAAGCUGUAGUUUUAGUUCUGAAAGUCGAGCAGGAAUGUUGCUUAAGAAGAGCAGUUUAGAUUUGAAUUCAAGUGAAAUGGCUGUCAUGAUGGGAGCAGAUGCCAAGAUUCUCACAGCAGCAUUGACGGGUCCUAAGACUUCUCCACUUCACAUCACAAGAACCCAUAGCUUUGAGAAUGUUAGCUGUUAUCUAGCUGAUAUGAGGACUCAUGUGUCUGAAGGCACUUGGGAUUCUGAGCACAGAUCAUCUCCAGUGCUAGAGAUGCUUGAGGAAAGCCAAGAGCUUCUAGAGCCUGUGGGUGAUGGUAAUGUAGCUGAAACUACUACAACAAAGGAUACAAAUGAUGGCCUACAGAAUGAUAGUAAUAGUUAUGAGUCCAGAGACUUGAAAGCAGGAUCCAAAGAUACAAUGAAUAAGAGAAGUAGUUUAUAUGGUGUUGCUAAAGCUGUUGAGAGGGAAGAUGUUGAAACUGGACUAGAUCCUUUGUCUAUUUUAGCCACUGAAUGUACAGGAGAAAAAACUCUUGAUUCUGAAGAUAAGAUGUUCUCUCCAGUUAUUGCACGUAAUCUAGCUGAUGAAAUUGAAAGCUACAUGAAUCUAAAAAGUCCCCUGGGUAGUAAAUCUUCUAGUAUGGAAUUACACGGAGAGGGAAAUAGAGAAUCUGGCACUACCACUUCAUUUAUUCACCCUUUAGAGAGGAGGUCAAGCCUACCUUUAGAUCAUGGUCUACUAGCACAGGAAAAUCCUGAAAGUGAAAACAGCUCCCCUGCGGAGUCCAGGUCUAAAACUUUUGCUGGGCGUUUCAAGCAGCAAACUCCCUCUCGAACUCAUAAAGAACGUUCAACUUCUUUAUCAGCACUGGUGCGUUCUUCACCACAUGGCUCACUGGGCUCUGUAGUAAAUUCUUUGUCAGGACUAAAGCUGGAUAAUAUACUCUCAGGGCCUAAGAUAGAUGUCCUCAAAUCUAGUAUGAAACAAGCAGCGACAGUAGCCAGUAAGAUGUGGGGAGCCGUAGCAUCUGCCUACAACUACUCAGAUGAUGAGGAAGAAACAAAUAGAGAUUACAGUUUUCCAGCGGGCUUAGAAGACCAUAUUUUGGGGGAGAAUGUGUCACCUAACACGAGUAUCUCAGGUUUGGUCCCCAGUGAACUUACCCAGAGCAACACAAGCCUUGGCAGUAGCAGCAGCAGUGGAGAUGUAGGAAAACUGCAUUAUUCAUCAGGUGAAGUCCCAUUUCCUAGAGGCAUGAAAGGACAGGACUUUGAAAAAUCAGACCAUGGUUCUUCUCAGAAUACCAGCAUGUCUAGCAUCUAUCAGAAUUGUGCAAUGGAGGUUUUGAUGUCAAGUUGUUCACAGUGUAGAGCUUGUGGAGCUUUAGUUUAUGAUGAAGAAAUUAUGGCUGGAUGGACGGCAGAUGAUUCAAAUUUGAAUACAACCUGUCCAUUCUGUAGAAGCAACUUCUUGCCUCUUCUCAAUAUAGAAUUUAAAGACUUGAGAGGCUCUGCAAGUUUUUUCAUGAAACCAAGUACCUCUGGUGACAGUUUACAAAGUGGCAGUAUUCCAUUGGCAAGUGAACCCUUGGAACACAAACCUGUAUCGAGUUUAGUAGAAACUGACUUGAUCAACUUUAUGGAUUUUCCAAAACAUAACCAGACCAUAACUGAAGAAACAAGCUCUGCAGUUGAACCAAGUGAUGAAAUACAGAAACCCAGUGGAGAUGUCCAAACUAUGAAAAUUUCAUCUGUACCUAAUAGUUUACCAAAGCGAAAUGUAUCUUUGACUCGAAGUCACAGUGUCGGAGGCCCCUUGCAAAAUAUUGACUUUUCCCAGCGGCCAUUUCAUGGCAUUUCAACAGUUAGUCUUCCGAACAGUCUGCAGGAAGUCGUGGAUCCUUUAGGAAAAAGGCCCAAUCCUCCCCCUGUUUCUGUGCCCUACUUGAGUCCUCUAGUGCUUCGUAAAGAACUUGAAUCUUUGCUAGAAAAUGAAGGUGAUCAGGUGAUUCAUACAUCCUCUUUCAUCAAUCAACAUCCUAUCAUUUUCUGGAACCUCGUUUGGUAUUUCCGACGUUUGGACCUUCCUAGUAACUUGCCAGGACUUAUCCUUACAUCUGAACAUUGUAAUGAAGGUGUACAGCUUCCUCUGUCAUCUCUGUCCCAGGAUAGCAAACUUGUGUAUAUUCAGCUAUUAUGGGAUAACAUCAACCUUCAUCAGGAACCAGGAGAACCUCUGUAUGUCUCAUGGAGGAAUUUUAAUUCUGAGAAGAAAUUGUCUCUCCUGUCAGAGGAACAGCAAGCAACAAGCACCUUAGUAGAAAUCAUCAGGCAGAGUAUUCAGCAUAAUGAUGUUCUUAAACCCAUCAACCUACUUUCAGAGCAAAUGAAGCCAGAUAUGAAAAGACAAAGGAGUUUAUACAGAGAAAUCCUUUUCUUAUCAUUAGUGUCUCUUGGAAGAGAGAAUAUUGAUAUUGAGGCUUUUGACAAUGAAUAUGGACUUGCAUACAAUAGUCUAUCUUCAGAGAUACUUGAAAAGUUGCAGAAAAUUGAUGUUCCACCAAGUAUCAGUGUGGAGUGGUGCAGGAAGUGUUUUGGAGCGCCUCUCAUUUAAAGAUGAGAUUUAUUAGAAUUCUGACACACAGCACUGGGGGAAUAGAUUCAGUCUGAAAACAUUCAAGGUUUUUUCCCAAAUCCUAAGUAUUGGUGAAAACUGAAAUGAAGUAACUCUUGGGGACAAUAUGUAACGGAUUGCAAUUCAUACUGAAUCAUCUCAAAAUAUAAAAUGCCAUUAAAAUUCCCCAGGGUUUAUUGAUGUUGAAAGUUUUCAACUCUAGUUAAUUUCUCUGCUUCUGCUGAAAACUGUUUGGAUUUCUCAGUAUUUGUAGUAGUUUGAUAGAAAUAAUGAGAAACCAUAUUCAUCCUAGGCAUUUUGUUUAUAUUUGAAGUUACUGGGUUUGGGGAAUGGCAAAUUAAACUUGCCUAACUCCCAAACAGAUGAAAUAUCUCAACUAUAAGAGCAACUAUUUGUGUAUGUGUGUAUAUGAGUGGGGCUGUGUAGGUAUGUGUAUAUAUACAGCCAUAUUAUAAGUGUGUAUUUAUUAAAGUUCUUAGAUUGCAUGUUGCAAUACAAUUUUCUGAAAGGGGUCUCAUGGACUAUUAAAUGAUUGACUACUACUAAACUCAUCUGUAGUCAUUAAUCUCAAAAUUACCUGAAAGUUUGAUGAAAACUGCCUUCCCUCUGACUUUAAAUUUAAUAUAUAUAUCCUUACCUUUCAUAUAUUAUCAUGCUUUUAAAUGGAUUAUAUAUCUUGAAUAUCCAGUUACUUCCUUCCACACUUUUCCCAGUACCAUGUUAAUUUGCGAAGACUUUAAAAUUGUAAUAAAUGAGCCAGUCAUCAGAUAGUUAAAUUAAAUCGGUUUCCUAAUAAUUUACUUAAUCAAUUGGAAAUGCUUAAAAUGGUAAAGUUUAUGUCUUUGGACCUGAAAUCUUUUUUAGGCACAUAAUGUUGCUAUUGGUCACUUUUUAAAACCUGUGGGAUAAACUUGCACUGUACGCAGAAGUUUUAUUCUUGUAUAAUAUUUAGAUUUAUAUGCUUAUGAGUAAAAAUGUGCAUUUGUAAAUAGUUUUUUUUUAGGUUGAAUCAAUUAAGUCUUAAAACCUUAAAGUUUAUUGAGCUUGUUGCCAGUAGGUUUAAGAAAAUCAUGACUUCACAUGCCUCACUUUGACAUUUUAUCAUGCCUUUUGUUAAAAAUAUUUCUUAGGAACAGUAGUAAGUUUGCCUUAACUUUCUGCAGGGUGUAAAAAGCCAAUGGUUGUAUGUGUGUGUUUACAGUAAUUAUGCAGAUAACUAAAUCCGCUGACACAAAAAAAUUACUUCCAUGUGGUAUAGUUAACAGCACAACUCUCCCUUCUACCUGGUGUAACCUUUAAAAAAUUAUUCUUUCAACAUUUCAUGGUUAAUGUGACUUGUGCAGAAUUCUAGUCUGAAUUUAUUGUGAAAAUACUAAGUGAGAGAACUUGUUAGAAACUUUGUCCAAUUUUCAUUGCCUUUAAAAUGGAUCAUUUGCACUGUCUCAAAAUAUAUAUUUUUGCGACUAAGACUUGGUACUAGUUUUAAUUAACAUUUACUGACCCAACAGAAAGUUUGGAACUAUCUUGCAUAUAAAAAAUUAAAGUUGAAUAAAAUAAAAAAUUCUUAAGUUUGCUA